AUGCUUGGCCGCCUUUCCAACAUCAGCCACAUGGAUCAGUGUUCACGGCGCAGCAGUCUGAUGCGACACCUUUUGGUUCAACGAGUCAUCAGUUCCGACCACACAGCUGGUUUUCAGCAUGCGAGGCCGUCCAUUCAACAUCAACCACACGGACCAGUGUUCAAAGUGACACGUUUUGGUCCCACGAAUCAUCAGGGUGUGGAUGCUGGUCUUGGAUAUCACCCUCUCACAGCGCCGCAGCUUUACGCACCUCUGCAGCUUUCAGUCUUUUUAAAUGUAGUGGCAUGUCCAACGAAUUGGUCGGAAAUACUGAAGAAACUUGCCGAAAUGGUGCCUGAUACAGAUGAAGCGAGAAAACAGCAAAAUGGAGCUGGUGCUCAGAAUUCGGUACCGCACAAGCCCGUCAACAACACAGACGAUGAUUUACAUGAUGAAUGCAUGUACAGACGAUAA